UCAAAUCAAACACUCUUAACAGCUGAUAUAACAAAAAAUUAGGUUAAAAAUGAUUUUUUGAAAGUUAUGUGAUUUUUGAGAAAAAAAUAUAAUUUUUGACAUGGCAUACAGGCUUCUAAGUAGUGGUAGAAAAUUAGAAAAGUUAGUGUGGAACACUUUGAGGAAAUGUAACACGGAUAUUCCAAAAAAUAAUUCGACAUUUAAAAAACUAGUUUUGGAAGAGUUCAAAUUAUUUUGUGAAAAACCUCCUAAGGGAUUUGAAAAAUAUUUCAAAGAUGGAAAACCUAGUCCUAAAGAAUCUAAGCCAGAAGCAAAAGAAUCUAAAGAGACCAAAGGUAAAGAGACAAAACCAGAACAAAAACCACCAAAACCUUCAUUAGGAGCUCCGCCAGGCGAAAAGAAACCUUACGAUCAAUGGUCAUUUGGUCUUUUUGGUGGCACAGGGAACAGAGGAAGUGGGGGUAAACCAUUUAAUGAUUACGAACAGAGCAAGUGGCUUCUUGCUGCUGCAGCAGGAACCAUUGCAUUUUUAGCGACAAUCACAAUGUGGGAAAUGGGUUAUAGAGAAAUCGGAUGGAAGGAUUUUGUUUAUAAUUAUUUGGCAAAAGGUUCAGUAGAAAAACUAGAAGUUGUAAAUAAAAAAUGGGUUAGAGUGAAAUUAACACCAGGGCAGUCAUUUGAAGGAUCGACUAUACUGUGGUUUAACAUUGGUAGUGUUGAUUCAUUUGAAAGAAAUUUAGAAAGUGCACAAAUUGAAAUGAAUAUUGAACCACCCAACUUUAUUCCUGUUAUAUAUAAAAGUGAAAUCGAGGCGGCUAGUUUAACAGGCUUGCUACCGACUCUCCUAAUCAUUGGUUUUUUAAUCUACAUGAUGCGAAGAUCUGCUGAAAUGAUGGGAGGACGCCGAGGCAAAAAAGGGGGUGGUUUAUUUGGAGGUGUCAUGGAAAGUACCGCAAAACUAAUCAAUUCAAAUGAAAUAGGAGUUAAAUUUAGAGAUGUUGCAGGAUGUGAAGAAGCUAAAAUUGAGAUUAUGGAGUUUGUUAAUUUUUUGAAGAACCCACAACAAUAUAUCGAUUUAGGAGCUAAGAUUCCUAAAGGAGCCAUGCUAACAGGCCCUCCUGGAACUGGAAAAACUCUUCUUGCCAAAGCCACUGCUGGAGAAGCGAAUGUGCCCUUUAUAACAGUCUCUGGCUCAGAGUUUUUAGAAAUGUUUGUUGGUGUAGGUCCGUCGAGGGUUAGGGACCUGUUUGCCAUGGCAAGAAAGCAUGCACCCUGUAUUUUAUUUAUAGAUGAAAUUGACGCUGUAGGUAGGAAAAGAGGAGGUAGGAGUUUUGGAGGUCAUUCAGAGCAAGAAAAUACUUUAAAUCAAUUGUUGGUUGAAAUGGAUGGAUUCAACACUACUACAAACGUUGUAGUUUUAGCGGCGACUAACAGAAUCGAUAUUUUAGAUAAAGCCUUGUUGCGUCCUGGACGUUUUGAUAGGCAAAUAUUUGUGCCGGCUCCUGAUAUUAAGGGUAGAGCUAGCAUAUUUAAGGUUCACUUGUCUCCAUUAAAGACAGAUAUAGAUAAAACUGAUUUAGCUAGAAAAAUGGCUGCUUUAACACCAGGUUUUACUGGAGCAGAUAUUGCAAACGUCUGCAACGAAGCUGCGUUAAUUGCGGCAAGAGACCUGAAUGAUAAAAUUAUUAUGAAACAUUUUGAACAGGCUAUAGAAAGAGUUGUAGCAGGUAUGGAAAAGAAAACUAAUGUUCUAUCACCUGAAGAAAAAAGAACAGUAGCUUAUCACGAAGCAGGACAUGCAGUUGCUGGCUGGUUCCUUGAACAUGCAGAUCCAUUGUUGAAAGUGUCUAUAAUUCCAAGAGGUAAAGGUUUAGGUUAUGCUCAAUAUCUGCCCAAAGAUCAAUAUUUGUACUCAAGGGAACAACUUUUUGAUCGCAUGUGCAUGACUUUGGGUGGUCGCGUUUCUGAAGAACUAUUUUUUGGCAGAAUAACAACUGGUGCUCAGGAUGAUCUGAAAAAAGUCACACAAAGUGCCUAUGCUCAGGUGGUGCAUUAUGGUAUGAAUGAAAAAGUAGGCAAUGUGAGCUUUGACAUGCCCAAAGAUGGAGAGAUGAUGAUUGAGAAGCCUUAUUCAGAAGAAACAGCCCAAUUAAUUGAUAUUGAGGUUAGGAAACUUAUAGAAGCUGCACACAAAAGGACCAGAGAAUUGCUGACUGAACACAAGGAUCAAGUGGCCAAAGUAGCUGAAAGAUUGUUAAAACAAGAGAUAAUCAGCAGAGAUGAUAUGAUUGAUCUCUUAGGCAGGAGACCUUUCAAAGAAAAGUCGACUUAUGAAGAAUUUGUGGAAGGAACAGGUUCAUUUGAGGAAGAUACAACUUUGCCAGAAGGGUUGAAAGAAUGGAACAAAGAGAAGAACAACACUAGUCCACAGGAGAAAGCGCAGGCGUAGAUUCAAUAAUUUAUUAAUUUUACCGAGACGUGGUUGUAGUUAUACAAAAUGUGCAAACAGUUUGCUCCUAAGCUAUUUUUUACUAUAUGCUGUGAAGAGUGAAUCUAAAAAGAGUUAUAGAAUAAAAGAACGUUAUUAAAAAUCAGUUUUAAUUGUCGAUUUUUAAGUAUUCUGUUUUUUUUUGUUGAUCAAAAAAACAUGUGUAAAAUAAAUUUAUUAGAAAAAAACACUA